AUGGCGGCUUUGUCAAUGGAGAAACCGGUGGACUUGAAGAGAAAGAAGUGGCAGUUGAAUCUACUGAAUACCAAGAGACAGGUAUUACACCGAUGCUUAACAGUUUUUAACAGAGUUAUGGGUUUCCAUAUGACACAAGAACGGAGCGUAAAAAGCCCUAGAUGUAGCGAAACCACGCUUGCUGCUGAGAUACCGUAUGAUAUACUAGAAGAGAUUCUUCACCGCCUUCCCGUGAAAUGUUUGCUAAGAGUGAAAUCAGUAUCGAAAGAAUGGAGAUCGUUGAUAGAAUCUAGCCAUAUAGCAGAGAAACAUAACCGUCUCAGUCACAAAAAUGGAGUAGGAGUAAAUAGAGGAACAGGAGAACCUCUUCGAGUUCCUGGAUCUUGUAAUGGUUUGGUCUGCGUCUACGACUUUGUCUACGUUUAUGUAUAUAACCCUAAAACAAACGUGAUCCGGACACUUGCUCCUCCUCGAGGUACCAAACGUGCAAUCAUUCCUUCUGGUGGUAUACGUGCUCAACUCUCAGCUGGAUUCGGGAGAGAUGUUGUGACAGGAAGAUACAAAGUGGUGGUUUUGUACGGCUCCGGUAACAAUGAUAAUAGAGUGAAGACAAAAGUUUUCGAUCUUAGCACAAGCAAGUGGGGGCGGAGAUGCAAAACCGCUGGCCCUGUGCCUCUUUCUUUCACUCUAGUUAACCAUGAGAGAGUCCCAGUCUUUGUAAACGGCUCACUCUUCUGGUAUUUGGCACGUCACAACUCGGAGAUAUUAGUCAUGGAUCUUCACACUGAAGAUUUUCGUACUGUGUCGCUACCAAAGGACAUUGAUGUGUCCGCGGAGUACAUAUACAUGUGGAGUCACAAGGACCGUCUAUAUGUCUCUCAUUUGACGCAGCUUUUGGAUUCGGACGUGUGGGUUCUUGUGGAGGACAAGGUUAGUGAGAGGUGGGACAAAACUAGUUUUGCUACUGUCGAUGGUUCCUUUCCUCCGUUAAAGUUGAAUUCCGCUUGGUUUUCGCCGUCCUUGGUUUCUCCUUACCAGUAG